UUCGAUAAUUCUACGUUUCUGUUUUAGGCAAUUUAAUUCGACAGAAUGGCCGAAGGCCAGACUAUAUCCGAGCCUAUGGGCAGUAAGAAUGAAAAUUUGGAUUCGCUAUGUUCAGUAGAUAAUAAGCCUACGUGCAUAAUUGUACUUGGAAUGGCUGGUUCUGGAAAAACAACAUUCGUCACGAAAUUAGUAUCUAAACUUUACGAUAAUGGAAAGCCGUAUGCAAUAAAUUUAGAUCCUGCCUGCAUCGAAGUUCCUUAUCCAGCUAAUAUUGAUAUAAGAGAUACAGUUAAUUAUAAAGAAGUUAUGAAACAAUAUAGUUUAGGUCCUAACGGGGGUAUCGUUACAUCCUUAAAUUUGUUUUCAACAAAAUUCGAUCAAGUUAUAGAGCUUAUCGAACAAGCGGGAAAAGAUCAUAAGUACGUUGUAUUGGAUACCCCAGGGCAAAUUGAAGUUUUCACUUGGUCAGCCAGUGGAGCAAUUAUAACCGAGGCUUUAGCCUCUCAUUUCCCUACGAUUAUUGUAUAUGUUAUGGAUACCGUUAGAAGCGUAAAGCCUGUAACGUUUAUGUCAAAUAUGCUAUAUGCUUGCUCUAUUUUAUACAAAACUAAUAAAUUACCUUUGAUCGUCGUUAUGAAUAAGAUUGAUAUUGUCGACCAUAGUUAUGCUCUGGAAUGGAUGCAUGAUUUUGAAGCUUUUCAAGAAGUUCUCGAUUCCGAAACUACCUAUAUCAGUAAUUUAACACGUAGUAUGGCUCUUGCGCUCGAUGAAUUUUAUAAUAAUCUCCAUUGCUGUGGAGUAUCAGCCACCGUAGGCACUGGUAUAUCAGAUUUUUUCAAUCUUGUUACAAGUGCAAAACAUGAUUAUUACAAAAAAUACAGGGUAUCCUGGCAAAAUAUUCGAGAGAAAAGAUUAAAAGAAGAAAAAGAGAAGAAGGAGAAGCAAUUAAUGAACGCUGCUAAAGCUACUUCUGGAGAUGAUGUUCCUUUCAUUUCAACAGUUAGUAGUGGUAGAGAAAUAGCGGAUAUGUAUUUGAAACAUCCAGCUAAUGAAUCUAGCGAAGAUGACGAAGGUACGGAAGAUAUAGAAAACGAUAAUGAUGAAAACAAAGAGGCAGAGUCGUUUAAAAGUUUUUUAGAAAAGCACAAGAUGGAACAAGACAAAAAAAACUCAUCACAACAGUCUGUAAUUAAUAAACCAGCCUAGUUUAAAUAUUAUUG